UAUUGAAUACUACUAAAGCAUAUUUUUAGCACACAGACACUUGAGGAAGUCUAAGUUAUCCACUGGCCAACCAUAAGCAAAAGGGGAUCGAUCUUUUACUUAUCAGUCUUUAGGCGGCAUCUCUUAUCCUUUUUUUUUCUGAAAUAGCAGCUGCUUGGUUGUUGUUGUUGUUUUAUCAAGGGAGGGAGACAUCUAUUCUUCAUUUCAUGCUAUUUCGUUUAACUCAAAUACGCUUGGUGGCGCAUUGGUUUUGCGGCCACCAGUAUCGUCACCGAUUCAUGCGAGACAAACGGUUUCACCCGUCAUACGAAGCGGCGCACUCCUCCCGCAAUCGCUUCAGUAGGAGGAAGCACUUCAAAACCAACCGCUGGAAUUACACCCAAGCUUAUAAGGACAUGCCGUAG